AUGAUGCUACGAACUAUGCCAUCAAGGAGGCAGUUUAUGUUGAUUGUCCUGUUUUUUCUGUGUAUACUCUUCAUGUUGAUCUACCACGGGCAAAGAAAUUUGAAGCCAAACGAAACUACCACCGACAAUGAGGGUAAGAGUGACUUAGAAUGAGGCCAAACGUCGAACUUUUCAUGAGACGAACCAAACUCUAACUCUAAUUUUCAACUGAAUCAAACCAAAAACCAAUUUUAACCAGCCAUAAAGAAAUUUUCUCCCUAGCGAAGCUAGCUAUAUAUGCAUCAUCAUACAUAUUUUUAAUUUAUUAGUUUAGUUGGUCGAAUGUGAAGAUCGACGUUUGUCCCGGAGACGAUCUUCAGACGUUCUUGGCCUUAGAAUCCUCUCUUAACUUUGCUGGUGACAAUCCAGCGUAAACUAGACCUAGCUAGAAAUGGCCGAUAAAAUAGGCAGUCUUCACUAGAAUUCUCCGAUAUUUUUGGAAACCAAUCUAGCUAUCAUAGAUACACUGCCCAGUACACAUAACCCGUGAAAAGCACGUAGAAUACGUCAAUUCAUUAUAGUUUUACAUUCGAAACCCUGAUUUUCUUCGAUUGCAAAUGUCGUGCACGAAGAUGGCCUGCGCCACAUGAUAAACCAAAUUCUGAUUAAGUGUGCUAACCGCGGUGAAAUUACGUCUGCCACACAGGUGCUACACAAUUUUUUUAUAUAUAUAUAUAAGAAUGUUGCUUUUCCGCCCCAGGCUGACUAUUCCUUCUUCUGUCGAUUUUAGGCUGAAAAUAUCCUUCAAUUAUUCUUAAUUAUAAAUUAUGGCUUAUGGCAUUUGUCUCCAGCGCCGUUUAGGGAAAGGAAUAAUCAUACGGUUAAGUCACAACAUAUAAUUGUACUGUAUUUACGGAUUUUCAACAUACAAAAUUGAGUCCUUUUCAAACUCUCAGCCUCGGGUAUAUUCUUAGAAUAUUCUUAAAAUUUCACGAAUUUCACCCUCAAUAUUCUUAUAAAAUAUAUUCUCAUAGAAAAGAAAGAGCGUAGCGCGAAAGCGGCAUGAUAACAAUGAGUUCAUCUAUUAAACUUGUCUUCCGAAGAUUGAGCUGCACUCCUUGCAUUGCAUGUAUAAGUAAGUAACACAUCAUUUUUUUAACAUAGGAGAAACAAAUUACAGCCCAGGGGAGAGACAAAUAUCCAGGAAACAACGUCUGAAAGAAUACUGUAACACUCACACCUAUGACAAGAGCCCAACACCUGAAGACCUUCACAUGCUUGCUGUGGACGACGAACAAAAAUUUAUCUACUGCGUGAUCUCAAAGGUAUUCAUGUUUGUUCGUGAACCGUUACACCGCAUGGUUUCGGCCUACAAAAACAAGUUUUUACAGAUCCCUGGUUACACCAAAGAUAUCCGCAAAGAAAUAGUGAAAGAAUUUCGACCUGAAAGCUAUGAUCCUGACGGAAAAAACUUCGUUAGCUUCCCAGAAUUCAUUCAGUACUUUUCCGACAACAAAACGCGAAACCAACAUUGGCGACAAUACGAGAAGAUCUGUCAUCCGUGUGUUAUCGGCUACGAUUUUAUUGGCCACUAUGAAACGUUGACGGAAGAUGCACCCCUUCUGCUAAAAAUGGCUGGCAUCAAGGAGAGUGCGAAGUUCCCACCGAUUCACAAAUCAACCAGCACAGCUCAGGUCGUGAAUUACUAUUCCAAUGUCUCGGUUGAUGUUAUCAAACGAAUUGGAGAACUGUACCGCAGUGACUUUGAAAUGUUUGGCUACGAAUACCUUGGCCCUAUUAAACAACUUCUGAAUGUCGAUUGA